AUGCAGACCGCGGCUAAAGAUACCGCCGCGAUCCACGACGGCAGCAACAAGAAGAGAAAACCAUCAGCCAUGACGGAGCCGGAGGACUCGAAGAAGAACAAGCCAUCGCCGGCGGCGGCGGCGGGCAGCGGCCCGAUCACACCUAUACCCCACGAAGCCCUACUCGACGAGCUGCGCCCCAAGUACGACAUCCUCCCCGCCUUCACCAUCUCCUCGACAAAGAUCCACAAGCGCGUCGACUGGCUGCUGCUGCACCUGCGCAAGAAUAACGGCGACCCGCGGAAGCGCGCCGUGCUCCUCUACGCGCGGCCCGGCGAGGUCGGCAAGAUGAUCACCAUCUCGGAGCAGGUCAAGCGCGUCGUGGCGGAGGAGGAGAAGGAGGAGGGCGAUGGCGGUGGCGGACGGUGGUUCCAGUACAACAAGAUGUACGAGCUGCCGCCCAAGCCGGAGGUCGUGGAGGAGACGAUGCUGGCCGGCGGGAACGACGACUCGGACGGCGACGACUUCGAGGUGAUGGAGAGCCGGUUCGAGAAGGCGACGGUGCCGCAGCCGACGAAGCGCGCGCAGAUGUCACUCAGCAUCUUCCUGUCGACGGGGCCCAUCCCGGAGCUGAAGGCGAAGGAGGGCGUUACGCAGCAGACGAACGAGCCGCAUGGAGCUUCUGCUCCCGUCGCAGAUCAAUGA